AUGCUUACAGCCGUUCGUGGUGUGUUGGGAAUAAAAGCCAUCCCAUUCUCGCGGAUACGCCCUAACAGUCACACUACUCAAGAGAUGUUUAUCUGUGUUCGUCGGUUCUGCUCACAUGCUUCUCUUCUUACUGGUGUGAACAGUAUGGUAAUAACACAACGUCGUCUAAACUCCACCAUACAUGAAGGAGGCAGCCGUACAUCAUCUACUCCCAUUACUAAUACCAAUACUACUGCUGAUAAUGGUAGUAGUAAUAGUAAUAAUGGUAAUAGUAAAAAUAGUAGUAGUAGUACUAGUGUGAAUUCUAAUAAACCCGAUCAGGAGGCGAUGGACAAUCUACUGGAGGAGAUCCAAAUAGUGCUGAGCCGCCCAGUUCCCAUUGGCUCUCUCUUCCGCGCCCUCUCGAGUACAAGCCGAAAGACCCUCGCAAAGAACCGCGAGCCACUCGAGCAGCUCUUACUUCGCUAUCCAAAUCACUUCGCCGUCUAUCAACAGGGGAAUGGACGGAAUCGGACCAUUCACUGUGCCCCACCGCACUUGGUGCCCGCAGCCGCACACCGCAUGGUAUUGGAGGAACCACCCCUCUCAUUCACCUCUGCGGGAUCUUCCACAUCAUCCGCACAAACUGGAAAAAUAGGAAAUGAUGAUAUUAACGCACGCAUUCUGAGGCAUGACCCAAUUGCAGAGAAACAACAGCGUAUUAACACGGUAUUACAGUAUAUUCCAAAUGAGUGGUCAGCCUUUACAGAUUUGCGAAUUCCAGAAGAAGUACGUGUGAAGUGUAUGGGAAAGCCAAAUGUGAAAGCUAUUCAGUACUUUGAACGGUACCCGCAGUAUUUUGAAGUGCGGCAACAGAGUUUGGCAGAACACACAUUUUACGUGCGUCGUUCCUUAGCAUUGCAACGAAGUCUUGAGAAAACAUCAUGA